GAGAAACAUAGAACCAAAGUAAACAUUAAACAUGGCGGAUGCGGCGGCUCGGAGAGAAGAGAGACGGCGAAAAAUUACUCAAAAUGCAGAGGCCAGGAUGAACAAGUUACUGGGAAAGCAAACAGCUGUUGAUUCAUCACCCUCUGAGAAAAUAUUGCCAACCUCUGUUGAAGAAGUUGUUCAAAGCACCAAUACAGAUGCAUUUCCCGAUGCACCCGUGUCUUCUUCACCAUACAACCUUCGUCACAGACCAUCAAGAUUAGUAGAGUCCAACUCAAAGGAUUCAUCUCCUACUCCCCGUUCAGAUGGAGAUGGGUCUCCUGGAAGCCAAUCAAAUGCAGCUACUCCUUCACCUGCCCCUGCUGCAGACACUGUCAAUAACAUCCCUGCAAGGCAGUCAGUUCGCAGCACCUUGAGCAGUGGUGAGGCCAACAGCAGUCCAGCUGAAACUGAAAAUAACACCUUGCAGACCACUGUGGCAAACUUACGAACCCUGGAAAUGGUACACAUUGGCAGUUGUGUAUUCACAGCUCUGGUCGCUAGAUACGUAUUGACGUUUGGGAUUGGACUUUUCUAUUUCCAGACUAUUGUUCUUCCAUUCAUUGUCAUGGAAUUGACCCUGGCCUAUUUGAGCCACACUCAGCUGAAGCAUCUUGGCCAUCCUUCACCGAAAGGGACAGUCUGGUCUGCGGCUCUAAUGCUUUGUGGAAUAAAACAAGAACUGAUAGACUCUUACAACGUUAUAAUGAGUCGUGUUGCUGCAACAACCAACAACUUUUGCUGUUACUUAUUUUCUUUCAUCAUUUGGAAUGCAGUUAUUGGAUGAUUUUCCAUCAAACUGGGACAAAGAAGAUUUUCUUAGAGUCAUAUUGAGAGGGAUAGUACAGUUAUAUAGGAAAGAACGAAGACUUGCUUCCUUUUAUUUUGUCAUAACAUGACUUGUGUGGUGAUGGUAUUUGUAAAGGACCAACAAUCGUACAAUUACUCUUUAUAAUGCUACUUUAUACUGAAAAAGAUUUCUUGUGCACGUUUCUUUGCCAACUGACUAUCAGGUAUGUUGCUGAUGCAGCAACACUUGAAAGGAGCAGCUUAUUUUGAAAUCUCAUACUGCAUGAUUUUUGUAUUGUUAAAUAGGUACUUGUUCUCGUUCAAUUUACUGCUGUAUACUUGUAUGGCAUUAGACUGAUGACCACAGUUUUUUUUCUGGCAAAUCUAAAUGAUUUUGUCAAACUCGUAGGGAUCUAAACCUUUGGCUGAGUUGCUUAGGAUUUCUUUCUAAGGGUAAAUACUUGUUUAUAGCUUGCGCACAGUAGAUUACUUGACUUUGUGUGCUUUUGCCUCAUUUUGGGGGGGCUCGUUGUGUGAAAAUUUAAAUUUGUGAUAAUUUUUGACCCCAUACUUCUUUUGAGGUAAUCAAGCCUCUGAAUUUCAUUUGUGUUCCCCUUUUGAAAUGCAUUUAAUUUGUUGUUCUGAGGCCAUACUUGCAUUUGGGAAGAGGAGAGGGGUUAGAGAAACUGUUAUGAAUAAUGGAUUGGAGAUGCAUGGAUAUAAACUUAAGUCUGAGUUUUCACACUGUUGAGGCUCUCUUGAACAUCAGCAGAUUUUGUUUUGUUUUUCUGAGUGUUUUACAGUUUGCAGGCAAUUAAAUUCCUUAGAAACAACAGUUUCAUGUUCAGUAGUGUUUUAUUUAAAAUAGUAGUUCUAAAAUUUGAGUUCUGUAUCCACCUUUUGACUGAGCACACCUGCCAUGCAGUUCAUUGUUGUUAAAAUUUAAAAUACUAAAUUCCCCCGUUAAUCUGUAAUGCAUUGAGUUGUUGCAGUUUACUGGCUGAGAACAUACGGUAUAUAUAAUUCUGUAAUAAUGAAACGUUUUGUACGCUUUAAGUUAACAUUGCUGGAUGCCUUAAUUUAAAGAAGGUACGUAAAGUACAUUUGUUGUCCAUUAACCUUGUUGUUUUCCAGUUGAAUGCUCAAGUCUAACUUCUUGCUUUUAUCUCAGCUUCUAAAUUUGAAAUGCACUUAAAAUCUUCCCUUGUCCAGCCCACGGCUUCAUUUUAGCCAUGUGUUCAUAGACGUGGCAUUGAAGUAUCACAUUAUGAUUUUGGUUUUUUAUAUAAUUAAUUGACUUAGAAUCUUUUAUACUCUAGGUCAGCAAGUUGUCAAAAUGUGUUAAUAAUGAUGUUUUACAUACUUCAAAGUGACAUGUGUACAUGGAAAUAAAUGAGUGGUAAUUACAGUGUCGAAUAAAGUAUAUUUUGUAUAAUCUGGUUUGAAUAAUUAUGGGGCUGGUAGUGUGAGCGAGUUAUUUAGUGUGGAAGCACCAUGUCGAUAGAGGAUUUUACAGACUUUGUUCACUUCACUUUUCACUUUUUGUAAUAGAAUUGUCACUGCAGCUACAGUACAGACAGGAUGAUGCUACAAUUGUAUAAUGCUUUAUCAGAAUCUGUACAUAAAUGCCAUUACUCUAUAAUAUUAUUUGUAUGCAUGCAUUAAAAAAACCUUAAAUAUGGAGUUUCUUUUUGUCACCUUUUUCUUUUGUGGAAUGAAAAUUCAGCACUGGAUUAAGUAUAAGGGCAUUGUCUUUAGUUGUGAAGUCACUACUCUUGAUUAGAUUUACCCUGUCAAUAAAUAUGGCUAGCAUUGUAAUAUUAAAGUUGCUGUUGGUAUUGGUGUACCAGAAUGUUAAGAUUUCAUUAAAAUUGGUUUUUCAUGACAAGUGUCACAAUAAAUGAACAUGCUUUUUUCA